AUGCUCAAGACGCUCCAGCACAAGGCGUCAAAGUCGCGCCUCCGCAAGUCGGUCGCAAUCGACACGGACGCGCUCCCGCUCCCCGAGCCGUCCACCUCGCCCACAGCAACGACCGGCACAUCGCCAAUCGACGGCCUCAUGUUCUGGAAGAAGAAGGACGCGGGCGGCGCCGCCCCGGCUCCAGCCUACGAAAAGGCGAGCGAGCGGCGGGGGCGGAGCGCCGAGCUCUCCCCCUCGGCGCAGCCAAAGCCCAUCCUCCGCCGGCCCACCGACCCGUCCCCUAGCCCAGCGACGCCGCCACUCCGCUUCCCCGACGGCCGGUUCGCCGCGCGCGCAUACACCACCCCAGGCGCGAUCUACUCCACCUCGCCCGGCGCAAGCGGAAGCACGCCGCCGACCCUCGCGCCCCGCAGCCCCGCGUCGACGCGCUCGUCACCCCGCGUGCCCGUGCCCCCGCUCUACCCGGAGCAGAAGCGCGUGGCGUCGCCACGGGUGUCGCCGGCGACGAUCGCCACGACGUCCGUGCACGGCUCCUCGCCCAUCUCGCCCAUCAGUGGCUUCUCCCCCGCGUCCCCCGCGUCCCCGGCCCCGUCAUCAACGUCCACUCCCCCGUUGGUGCCCCAGCGCAUGUCGUCGCGCCGCUCGUCCCGCCCCGGGUCGACGGCGAGCAACUACACGUACAACCGCGCGUCGGUCGUGUCGACGACGCAGCAGGCGCCGCGCCGCGCCGCGAGCGUGCUGAGUAACAACGGUGGUGGUUCCCAGCGCCGCAGGUCGUCGCGCCCCGUGGCGUCGUCGUCGCAUCGCACACGCGCGAGCAUCGCGUCGUACUCUACGCGCUCGUCGAUCCUGUCACCGUCGUCGUCGGUGUCCCAUGGCCUGGCGUCGGCGUUUUCGGCAUCGUCGUCGAGCAGCACCUUGGAGCCUAUUGCCGAGCCGGCGAGCGAACCGGCCGGCGGAUCGCCGUCUGCCUCAACGAUCACGGGAUCGCCACUGCACGACUCGCCGCCCGCCAUUCGCCCGAGCACGCCGCAGCGUACACCGCGGUCAGAGUCGGAUGACGACAUCCCCAUGUUCAAUGUCAUUCCUGCCACGCCGCAGAAGGAUGCCGAGGAGGGAGAGGGCGACGACAGCGGCCGGAGGACACCAGUCGGCCCGCCAUCCACAGGCAGCGCGCUCGUCAACAUGCCAGAAGAGGACGAGGAGGAGGAGGACGAGGCGACUACGCCCGUCCAGCGUCUGAUCACGUUCGAGGAAGUAGCAGCCGCGUUCGACCUCCAGUGGCCACCAAGCGCGUCGCCCCGCCUCGACGAGUCGAUCGACCUGUCGUACGGCAGCCCGAUCACGCUCUCGCUCCGCCCUCUCGACGAGGUCGACGACGCCGAGCUUGACGAGAUCGAGGCCGAGGAGUCGUCCAACGACAGUCACGUCGUGCGCACCGCCGAGAACAGCGAGUCGCACGAUACCGCCGUCGUUGCCAGCGCCGACGAUGAGCCCGCCCUCCCACCACUCCCGCCCAAGUCGCCCGCUCGUAAGCACGCGUCCCUGUACGAGGCGCACGACGACGGCAAGUCGAUCUCCCGCUCGCUGGCCGAGCUGGCGAGCCUUGCCUGCGACCUGCCUCCGCUUGACCUCGACCUCGUGGCGGCCGCCCAUGCCGCUGCCAAGCAGAACGCCGCCCGUGUUUCCACCCCCGUACUCCCCACGGCCACGGCUCCCACCACUCCCCCAUCACGGACCGUACCCCUCGCUCCGGCUGCCUCGACGGCUCCCGCCACGCCGGCUGGCAUGCGCCGCGUCAACCCCGCGUGCUCGCCCGCCGCGUUCGUCGCCUACACUGCGCCCUCGCACCCCCUCCCCCCGUCGCCGCCCUUCAACUCGUACCCGUCGCUCCCGUCCCUCGUGUCCCACGACAGCAUGCCGUCGUCCAUGUCGGGCCACUCGAUGCCGACGUCCAUGUCCCUCGCGUCAAUCGCGUCGUCCCCCGACGCCGACGAGGCGCUGGGCAGCAUGCUCCGCUCGCUGUCGACCGAGGACCCGCUCGGCCUCCGCUCGCUGAGCGAGGAUGCCGUCGAGUGCCCCACGACGCCCAAGGCAGUUGCCAAGGACCUGUCCGAGCUCCCUGUCGACUUCUCCGAGCCCGCGUCGACUGGUCUCGGACUUGGCCUGGAGAUUGGCACCACCGGCUCGGUACUCGCCUCGCCCUUCAGCCCGACCGAGCGCACGUUCGGCAACGACGACGAGGAGCUUGCCGACCCCGAGGUCGAGCCGCCUCUCUCGCAGCGCCGCAUCCACCGCAUGUCGGCCGCGGCCGCCCACCCUCACCGCCUGGCGCUGUACGGCACGCCCCGUCUGUACACUCACCACUCUGGCGCGAGCUUCUCGAGCACGAGCGGCAGCUCUCGCGCCAGCACGGGCUCGUACUCGUCGGGUUCGUACUCGUCGUCGUCGUUCUCUGCGACCGGCCACCCCACGCGCCACUCGCUCUCGUCGUCCGUGUCGAGCCGCUCGCUGUCCAUGGUGUCCGACUUUAGCUCGGACGAUGACCUCCUGACGGCGUCCAUCGUCGCGGGAUCUCAGGCGUUCAUUGUGGGGCGCGAGGACGCCCGCGCGCACGAGGUCGGCGUGGCGUUUUAG